AUUACUCAUUACUCAAUAUACAGAUUUCAUAUUCCACUCCAUUUCAUCUUCUUCUUUAUAUUUGUUUACCUUGAGUUUUUAAUAGUCUCCAUACGCAUAAUUGAUACCCCUCAUUAUAUUCAUUUAUCUACAAAAAAUAAUAAUAAGUCGUGUGCGUUUUUAUUCAAUAGGUUGCAGAAUUGUGAUUCCGUAACAGUUUUACUUUAGUUUUUAUACUAGUCCUCUUCUGAAUCUUACAUAUUUGUAACUUGUUCAGUUUUUUUAUCUUUGUUUAUCUGUCUAGUUUUGUUUUCCAAACCAGGGACUGAGAUGUUAUGUCAAGUUCCAAGCAAAACUAGAAAAACAUGCUUAAUGUGCAUAUGAAUUUUGAUCCCAGGUAGAUUUAUACCAAGGUAACAAAACUUUGAAACUUACACAUCUUUCAGUAUACUGAAAAUUUGUGACCUUUGCUCUUCACUCAACAUUUCUGGAAAAACAACUCGAAAUCUGACCCGAAGGUCUCCUCUCUGAUGAUCACCUUUUUGACCAUCCUUGUAUUUAGGCAUGCCUUGUCCAGGGAUAGUUUUCUCAAACCCGGGAUAGAUGAUCUCAUCUUCCAUGUUUAAAGUCACCACAUCCUUUCCUCCUAAUGUGGGUACCUGUACAAUACAUCCUGUGAGAGCUUGGACUAAAGGGACUUCAACCCCUAACUCCAAAUCAUCUCCUUCUCUCUUGAACAACGGGUGCUUCUUCUCCUCGAUCAGAAAGAUAAUGUCUUCUGGGAGGGUUCCUCCUCUCUCGUCGCCCUUGCUUUCGAAUGUAAUCUUCGUUCCUCUUCUCCACCCCGGCUUCACCUUGAUUGUCACAUAUUCCUCUUCUUGAAAAAUUAGCCUGCCACACAAAACUGUUAAAUCCAUAUACAUAGUCACAUUAUAUGAACUCGUAUUACUCCUAUAAAACUUUCCUUUUAGAAUAUGGAAUAUAUAUGAGCAUUCUAUACAAUUUAGUCUUAAAGAGAGCGAAAAUUCAAUUCUACUCACAUAGAAACAGUUCAGGAUCACACUUAUACUAUUUAGCCAUAGGUAUUGGUUCUUCAAAAAGGUGUCACACCCCAUCGAAUGAGUCGUACCACUCGAGCCCAACAGAAUGUUUGGAAUAGGUUAAUCAUGGUGACUUAAGUUAACAAGGUGGGCUCCUACUUGGUAGAUUAAGGAGCCCUCUCAUUUUGAGAGAUAACUUCCAAAACAAGUGACCAAAAGGGGUCAAAAGACAUCAUCCCACCCCAGUCAGUAUCAAAAUGUAAAAAAUUCUCGAUUACUCGUAUUAUCUUAAUAUGAUAUUAGAGAAAAUAAACCUCGAGCAAUUAUAUUCUGAUAAGUCUCGAUUACGGGCACAAACUUUUAGAUAUAAAAAAGAAAUUAUCUAUAAAACUUUGUACUGCUCCUAUUAGGUUGACUUCGAGAUUGUGUAUAUGGAUGUACCCUGCAUUUGAGUCGAUUUCCCUUGUGAUUCUGACCUCUUUGGUACAUCCAAAGCAAAGCUCCUCAAGGGUGCAUUCAAGCUUCUUCUCCAAAGGUGGUGGCUUUCUCCAUGCCGCGGCCAUAUUUAUGUUUCUUUGGCUCAACGUUUUCGAAAGAAAAGCCGUGGGGCUGGUGGUGCUAGAAACAGAGGCUGAUCUCUGCAUAUGUGCAUACAAAUCUAUAGGAUUAGGCCGUCCUGCGCUGGAGCUUUUCGACAAUGUCGGGGCGACCCGGCUUGUCGUCCUAGACAAUAGCUUUGGGCUUGAAAUCACAAAUUCUUCUUCUUUAUCCUUUUCCUCACGUGUUUUCUUGUCCCGGCCUGGGGUGGUUUCUCCAUCUCUCUGUCGUUGACUUCUAACAAUACUCUGAGGAAUUCAUGAGAAAGAACAUUAAUUUUGUCAAAUGAAUGCAUGGAAAUGGUGGGAUUAAUGUUUCUGUAACAUAAACAUUACCGGGUACGAGUCAUGAAUGGAAAUGAAAUUGGAUUGAUGGCGGUGAGAUGUUCUCUGUUUGUUGGUUCUAUCGGCCGGGUGCAAUUUUCUUGAGAAUGCCUUGUAGAUUUCUGCAAGGGAGGUGACUUUAGAGAUGAUACCAAACAGUUUGUAUGAAUGUGAUGGUUUUGCCGAAUUUUGAGAUUGUUGUCCCAUAAGUGAGACGAAGAUGUUUUGUGGGUGGGAGAAGAUUUACAGAUUGUGUUUGAGGAAAAGAGAGAACUGGGAUGACAACUCCAGGUCCAGGAUCGGAGGGGGUUUCAGGGUGAGCCUUGAAAGCUUUGGAACGUUGAAAUGUCAUGAUAAAACGUAUAGGUGCAUUAAUGCCUCUUUAAUUGAUUUAGUAAUUAAUUUCUUUAAAUAAGUGCUUCUCAAAUCAUCUGUUUUGAGAACUUAUCUUUCUUUUCUUUUUGGAAGAAGAAUGUUAUCUUCUAUUCUAUCUAUCUAUUUAUCUAUCUAUUCUAUUCUAUUUAUAUAUAAGAAUAAGAAAGGAAUAGCUCAUAUAA